GGAAAACAGUGCAACUCUGUUGAUAUUGAUAACAAUGACGAAUCACUUGAUGAGGAUAAAAGGAGGACAACUUAUUCGAUUGUCUCUAAGGGUGACUGGUGUAUAGGAUUUGCUGCAAAUAUGCUAUGUAUUAGGUGUCCCCUUAGUGCAUCACCACAAACAAGUGGAGGAAAGUUAAUUGGCAACCAUUGGCUCAGUUUGAUGCAUUUAUCCUGUUCAGCUGGAGAAAAAUCUAUCAGAUGUACAGAAUGAUGAUAGUUUUGGGAAAUCAAUGGCUCAGUUUGUGAUAUAUAUUGCCGUUCUAUAAUUGUCUUGCUGCUCCACAGAAGAUAGGGGCAAAUGGUUUGUGCAAAUUAUGAUGGAUCAUUAUGGUGCUCCCACAUUACUCAUUAAAAAAUAUAAGUCGUCUGUUCAUGUGACGAUCUCGGUUCGCCUGCUUUCGGCGAACUUGGUGUUUGAUCACCACCUUGCCUCUCCCUAGGCUUCAAGCUGCGGCCAGUGACCCGUUGAAGCAGCCAACAUGGCAGAGGAGGAGGAGCAGCAGAAGAGGAAGAAACACAAACACAAGGAGAAGGAUCAGCAAAAGGGUCCCAAGAACAAGCCGGCAGCGGAUCAGCCCCACUUCAAGUCGAGCGCCGACGUCAAAGGCCUCCGCUUCGGCGGCCAGUUUGUGGUCAAGUCCUUCACCGUCCGGCAGGCGGCGCCGCUUGAGCUACUACAGCUUCUGGACCUCCCUCCUCCGUGCGUCGGCCAGUGCCGGGCCCUUUCUCUCCCUUCCACCCUUACCUACGUGCCCACCAACUUCACCAUCCUCGCCCACCACGCCUGGCACACUCUCACCCUCGGCCUCGGCACCGCCAAGUCCAAGGCGAUCAUCUUCGUCUUCGACUCCGAGAGCACGAAGGCGGCGGUGGACCGGAUGUGGCCGCGCGUGAUCCCCCUGGGCGACGUCAACCGGAAGCUCAUCCGGGGGCUCGCCGGCUGCGAGAUGUCGCGGUUCAAGUUCCGGAAGGGAUGCCUCACGUUCUACGUCUACGCCGCGCGGCGGCAUGGCGCGGCCGGCUUUUCCUCCGCCGACGAUCUGCGGACAAUUCUCGAGGCCGUCGUGGCCCUCAAAGAUUUCCUGGACCACACCGCCGUGCUCGCCCUCCCCAGCCAUCGAAGCAUCACCCUCCCCGUCGACCAAGUCGCAGUGACACACUGAGUUCACUGUGUUCCAUUCAUUGUUCUCAUUACAGAAACCAGAAUCGUGGGUCUCUCUCAGAGGCAGAGAGAUCAGUAAGUAGAUUGCAACUGUUGUAAUGGCAGCUGAGUUCCAAGGAGAAGAUGAGCAGUCAUCCAUGAAAUGUAGGUAAGAGACGAUCGAUGCUUCAGGAGGCAAAGGAAGGUGGCCUUUCACUUUGCA